UAAUGAUGGUGAUGAUGUAUCUGAAGAAGAUAAUAAAAGAACCUUUGAAGAUGAUGCUUUAGAAAACUUCUCAGAAGAUUCAGAUAAAAAUUUUCAAUUGAAUUUUGAUGUACCAGAAACUGAAUCAGGAAAAAAUGAUUUUAAGUACACUAAAGAAAGUUUUAAUGAUGUCUUUUCAUGGAUUGUAAUAUAG